AUGGACCCAGGGACCACUGUGUACAGUCCGUCUGCCUUCAGUUACCCGUCCAGGAGUGAGACAGGGGCCAGGGCCACUGAUACCUGGAGAGCUGCUGCCCUCACAUCCGAAUGCCCUGUGUGUGAGCCAUGGGGCCAAGAGGAGCCCACAGCGAUGGAGAGCCAGGCCCCGUUCAAAGAAGGCAGCCAUCAGCUCCAGAAGCAGCCGGCGGUGGGACAGUGGAAGCCGCUGGCAUCAUCCAGUGGUGGGAAGGAGCUGCCGCAGUUGGAUCCUCGCUGCAGGGAGGCAGGUGGGGGAGACGACGACCAAUCCACGGCGCAGCUCAAUGUCUCCCGCCUGCGCAGCUCCUCAGUGGAGAUCCGUGAGAAGGGAUCAGAGUUCCUGAAGGAGGAGCUCCACAGAGCACAGAAGGAGCUGAAGCUGAAGGAUGAGGAAUGUGAGAGGCUGUCAAAGGUCAGAGAGCAGCUGGAGCAGGAGCUGGAGGAGCUGACAGCCAGUCUGUUCGAGGAAGCGCACAAGAUGGUAAGAGACGCAAACACUAAGCAGGCAGCGUCAGAGAAGCAGCUGAGGGAGGCGCGAGGAAAGAUCGACAUGCUGCAAGCAGAGGUGACUGCUUUGAAGACUCUAGUGAUCACUUCCACACCUUCCUCUCCAAACCGGGAGCUGCACCCCCAGCUCCAAAGCCCCUCCAAAGCUGUCUUCAGGAAAGGGCACGGGCGGAACAAGAGCGCCAGCAGCGCAGUAGUCACAGCCACCAGCCAGAGCUUGCCCGUGGAGUCAGUCAGCAACGAGUGCAAAGAGGUCGACUCCAUCCUAUUCGCCGAGUUCCAGGCCUGGAAGGAAUCCCCGACUCUGGAAAAAUCCUGCUCCUUCCUGGAGAGGAUUUACCGGGAAGAUGUGGGGCCCUGCCUGGACUUCACCAAACAGGAGCUAUCAGAGCUAGUGCGGGAGGCCGUGGAACAGAACACGCUCACCAUAGAGCCCGUGGCUACCCAGGCACUGCCCGUGGUGAAGGUGUCGGCGAUGGAAUGUGGCGGACCAAACGGGUUCCGGUCGCAAAUUGUAACGAAGUGCGCUCUGAGUGGCCUGUCCCGAGCCUGCAAACACCGCAUCAAGCUGGGGGAUUCUGGGAACUAUUAUUACAUCUCACCAUCCUGCAGGGCCAGGAUCACAGCCGUAUGCAACUUCUUCACCUACAUUCGCUACAUCCAGCAGGGCUUGGUGAGACAGGAUGUGGAGCUGAUAUACUGGGAAAUCAUGCGGCUCAGGAGGGAAAUGUCCAUGGCCAAGCUGGGCUUCUACCCCAGUGCGAUGUAGGCUGGGCCUCGCUGUCUGAAGGGAGCUGCCCCAGCACGAACGUCAUGUACUCCAGUAGACAGACAGACUGAGGCAGCGCGUCUAUGCCGACGGGGUUCCCUCCUUCUCCCAGCCUGACGUGAACCGCAGAGGGGAGGAGCAGAGUUCCCCUGUCCAAAGGCCUCCUUGCUGCCGUUCUCACAGUGACUAUGAGAUACAGACACCCCCACCUCCCCCCAGAGAUGGGCUGGUCCUUUGAGCUCUGGGGGGUGGCCAGCGCUAAGUUCUGUCCAUAGUGGACCCUUUUCUCUAUGCUGCCUAUAGCCAGUUUUUUUAAUUUUAUACACAAUCUUGCUUCUGCGGAUUCUCCGAGACCUGCUGUGCACGAGGCGGGUCCUGGGCUCCUCUGUUUGGCAGAGGGUCCUUUGGCACCGAACUGCAACUGGGACUUCCCACAUCCACCCCUCUGCCUGAGCGAGGCAGGGGUGCAGUAUUGCUCGGCUAUGCCCCCAGCCCUCACUGGUGCCCCCUGCAAAUGCCAGCACCGCACAGUAAUCUCACUGAGAGCCAUGCAAAGCAUGUUUUCCAAGUGCUUCCCUGCUCCUCUGGCAGUCACCUGUAGGAGUCACUUUCCAUUCGCUCAGUCACAAAGAGGGGUUUGAUUCUCUUUUCAGCUCAGGGUUUGGUUUUGUAACCCAGCUCAGAGCUGCCGCUGGGAGAGCUACAGCGUAGGCCAAAGCUCCGUGCCUGGGGCCUCGGUCGCAGUGCAAAUGGAAAUUGCAGAACAGAAACCUGGCCACAGCUAUGCUGAGGUUGGCUGUACUAGGCUGCAGACAGUGUCUCUUCAGGUCUUUGUGAGGCAGCGGUGCCCGGCUAUGGUCACUGCAGGAAUGAGCAUCUCCCUAUUGCUCUGCUAUAAACCCCAGCCAAGGACAGAUGCCUCCUAGCCACUCCUGUUUCUAGGCUGCGGCCUCAGGCAUUCACCUCCCUGCUGUCCCAAUAUAAACUCCAGCCUGGGGCUGUCUCCUCUCUGGCUUUCCUUAUAGCCCCCAACUCAGGCAGUUGCUACUCAGUGGCCAGUUAUAGGCUCUGGCCCUGGGCAUUCACUUCUGUGCUGCUCCAUUAUAGAUUAAGGCCAGAAGGAACCAUUAAAUCAUCUAGUCUGACCUCCUGUAUAACAGAGGCUGUAGAAUUUCACCCAGCGACUCCUGUAUUGGACCCGAGCCUUGCCAGUGCUUCAGGGGUGAAAGUAACUUAAGGCACUUACCGGUACGCAGGGCGGCCGGGGUCCUGAGUAAGGUUGGGGGGGCAGGGCUGGGGCCAGACUCCCCCAGCCAGCCCUUCAUUUAAAGGGCCCGGGGCUGCUGGACGUC